UGUUGAUUUUCCCGCGAAUUUUUAUUAUGUAGUAAACAAACACGUGGUUUCGAACGACAUUUGUUUUUUUACGUCGAUCGAAUCAUCUAAAUUUUCGUUCUCUCUCUUAAUAUUUUAACAAUUUGUUAAAAAAUGGCUGCAAAAUUAAAUGGAGAAAGUGAGGCUACGACUAACACGACUAAUAAUGGUUCCGGCAAAAGUUUUUCUUUCAGUAACACACCGACUUUAGAAGAUCUUCGACAGAUACAGGCCGAAUUUUCCCGAGCGAGAAACUGGGAUCAGUACCAUCAACCUCGCAAUUUACUUCUGGCAUUGGUCGGCGAGAUGGGAGAACUUGCCGAACUGUUUCAGUGGAAAGGAGAAGUUAAAGAAGGAUUGCCAGACUGGACGGAGGAACAGAAGAUCCACCUGUCGGAGGAACUGAGCGACGUGCUCAUCUACCUGAUCAGACUGGCCGACAAGUGCCACGUGGACCUGCCCGCCGCGGCCCUGCGCAAGAUCGCCCUGAACGGCAAGAAGUAUCCCGUCCGCAAGGCGUGGGGUUCGGACAAAAAGUACAACGAGUACGGAGACUGAAGAAUCCAAGUAUCAAAAUUAUUUGUUUGCUCUUUAAUAACAUAGAAUGUUAGUAUAGAUAAUAUAUUUUUAAUAAAAGGAAUCUAUUCCAAAAUUUUACUUCCUUACAUCAAGUUAUUUUUAUAUUAAAAAAUGUGGAAUUAACUUUUAAUUAUAAUGAAAUGUUGGGAUAGAAGAUAAUGUUUAAUCCAUUAUAAGUAAAAGACUUUCUGAACUGAAAAAUACAAUCUUUUUGUACACGAGGGGAAUUUAAAUUGCACCACACACCAAAGAGAAUAGAUACCGAUUACUAUUUUUAACAAGAACAGUUUUUAAUGAAAAUAAAUCCAUAAAUAAAGACUAGGGAAUAUUCUAUUAUAAUAAAAUGGCUGAAACAAUGAAAUAUUGGCACUUGAUGUAAACAGUUAACACUACAAAAAAUUGUAAUAUAGAAAAAGAAAUUGUGAGUGUUAUGGCAUUAUCACGAUGAUAGUUGGAUACAUAGUGUGGGUCACAUGUGUAGAAAUGUAUGCCAUUAUUUUUUAGACUAAUUUUUGUACUCUGAGAGGUCUGGCACAAAAUUAAACCUCUUUUAUUUUUCAGAAACAAAUACAUUCAAUAGCUCUAGAAAAUAUAUUUUGAGUAUAAGUUGGAUGAUAUCCCUUGUUUGUGGUCUGCAACAGUUGCAGCAUAUGCAUUGACUACUGUAGAUUCCAAAGAUCUCAGGAAUUUGUUGUGGGCCGUCCGUGCCGGAUAAAUUCCACAUCCCGCAUGAUCCAGUCUACUAAAUCACAAGCCCGGCCAAACCCGGAAAGGUUGAAGAAAGGCCUUCUUAGUGCUCACAGGAUAGAAUGAUUGAGAAAUAAAAAUUGAAUUAAAUAAUUUGCCUAAUGUGACUAAAGCUGACAAGUUGAAACUCCUGGAUUUAUUGUUACACUUUUAUAUUAAGUCGCAGAUGACUGACUUAUUGGAAAAUUUCCUUGGAUGUCGUCUAUUGUUUAUGUAAGAGUAUGUGGGCAAUGCAGGAUAUCAUUUAUCAAUAAAUAUAUUAUAUGUAAUGCCAAAUUGAAAGCCUCAUCACUGAAAUUUUCUCCUUGGCACCAGUUGCAGUAAGUAAAUCAAAUGUUACCAAAACAAAUGUCAAAAGUGACUGCAAAAUGAAAGCAUUCGUUAAUCUGCAAGUCUGUUAGUCCACAAGAUAAAAAAAAAAAAAGAUUGCAAUUGUUGUAUGUUUUUUCACCACAUUCUAAACUUUUAACUGGGCCAAAUA